GGCUGGUCCGGGAGAUCCGGGCACCGCUUCGACGGCGGCUCCGCCGGACCCGCGACCCCGGUCGCAGCCCGCGCCCCGAGCGGACGGCGUCAUGAGGCACCUGCCGUAUUUCUGCCGCGGCCAGGUGGUGCGGGGCUUCGGCCGCGGCUCCAAGCAGCUGGGCAUCCCUACAGCCAACUUUCCGGAGCAAGUAGUUGACAAUCUCCCAGCUGAUGUAUCCACUGGCAUUUAUUAUGGUUGGGCCAGUGUUGGAAGUGGAGAUGUUCAUAAGAUGGUGGUGAGCAUAGGAUGGAACCCAUACUACAAAAAUACAAAAAAGUCCAUGGAAACUCAUAUCAUGCACACCUUCGAAGAGGACUUCUAUGGGGAAAUCCUCAAUGUGGCCAUCGUUGGCUACCUCAGACCUGAGAAGAACUUCGAUUCUUUAGAGUCCCUUAUUUCAGCAAUUCAAGGUGAUAUCGAGGAAGCCAAGAAACGACUAGAUUUACCAGAACAUUUGAAAUUGAAAGAAGAUAAUUUCUUCCGGGUUCCUAAAAGCAAAAUCAUGAAUGGCCACUGAUGAAAAAUCAUCUUAUUCUUAUUUAUUCAUUCACUGUGUUCUAGUAUCUUACUACUCCUAACUCCUCAGUUGUUGUAUUUUAAAAAUCAAACGUUUUCCUACAGCUGUGAAUUAAACAGUACAAUGUACUUACCACGUCAUGCUUCAGCUGUUCAAAUUCAAUGCAUCAUGCUGUAGUACUAAAAUGAUUCAUUUUAAAAAUCAAGCUUCUUUUUUAUGCAGUAUGUCAUUUAAAAUGUACCACUAGACAGGUCUUAAGUGUCUUAUAAUGGGAAUGAAAUGUAUAUAAUUAUGGGUAAAAAGGCAAGUCACUGGUUUUGAGAUGAGGACUAUAAUUCUCAUGGUAAAAAGUAGCAUGUAUGUAUCUGUGUAGGAUGUGCUGCCAACUAGAGAAGGCUUGUAAAUAAGUGUAUUCACCAGAGCUUUGAGAGUUUAUUGUAAACCGAAGGGGGAAAAUCCAUACUUUAUAUUUUUGAUAUCUGGUAUGUUAAUAUAUUACAAAUAGACAUGUGGGGUUUCACUGUAGUUAGUCAUUUCCUCUAUGAGGUCAAAUCAUUGUACUGUGUUGCAUUUCUGUGUGGUAUAACAUUUGUCCUUUUUAGGGUCGAUGUUCAACGUUUUUCUUGAUUUUGGUUCUGUUUUCCUUGAAACAGUUGUCAAUGUCAGGGUUAUUUUUUUUUUGUUUUCCCUAUUCCAUUUAGAAUGUUCUACAGCUAUACACUUGGACAAAAGAUGGCGCCUGUAUCAUUCCAUCCCUUCGCCCCGUGAACAGUGACUAAGUGCAAAGCUGUAUUGCAUUGUAGGGAAAAAAAUGCCCAGAACUUCAUCCUUAGGUUUCCUCAUGUUCAGAGUGAGCACACAGUGGAUGAUUUGUAUAUACCAGUUUCUUGAAGAACACAAACAUUUGUUUUCCCCCUAGAGAAACCUUUUAAGAGCCAAUUAAAUUAUGAAACAGUUAUUUAUUUUUAACGUAAUUAUAUAUUCCUGAGCAAAUGUAAACUGUCGUAGCUGUGUACGCACAAUGUAAUUUAAUGCUAAACAGUGCUUGUAGCUUGGGGAAAAGGCAUACAUAAUAAAGCUUUAGUUAAAUAAUCCUCACGCUAUGCAUUUUUUCUUCCUCCUAACUAAGAAGCAGUAUUUGGCUACUUGGGACAC